CUCAAAAACACACCUUUUGCAUGGACAUGACUGUGUUAGAAAGACAGCAAACAAGGUUCAAAUGGCUGCAGCAGCUGCAGCAGCAGCAGAACAAUUAUGUGAACCAAUACAAUUCCCUUGAAUCAUGUUCGAUGCCUACUGACCAGUUUCAUGGUUUCGUUGAUCAUGAGUCAAUGAAUGGAGAUAUAAUUGAUUGGAAGAAGAAGCCUGAAAUGUAUCUAGGGAACAAUGAUUUGCCAAAAUAUGGAGGUUUUUCAUUAAAUGGCACUGGGUUGGUUGCUAAUAAUAGGAUGGAUUUUGGACAAGCAGAGGUAGCGGGAUCUGUUGAGAUUGAUCGUUGUCUUUCAAGGACUUCUAGCUGCCAAAUUGGGGUGGAGGAGGCAGCGAAAACAGAGGAGAAGGUGGUAGCAAUAAAGGUGGCAGGUGAAGACUUGACCUUGAUGGAAAAUAAGCAAUCCAACAAUGGUAGUGGAGACAAUUCAAAUAAGAGAAAAGCAGAGUUUGUUGCAGCAGAAGAGUGUGACAAUAAGAUUAAAGUAGUAGAAGUCGACUCCAAGGUCAAAGAGAAAAGCAGUCCAGAGAUUUCUGCAGAUUCUUCAAAGGAAAAUCAGAAGACUUCAGCUUUACCAAAGACUGAUUAUAUUCAUGUCCGGGCACGUCGUGGCCAGGCUACUGACAGUCACAGCUUAGCUGAAAGAGCUAGGAGGGAAAAGAUUAGAAAGAAAAUGAAAAGUCUGCAAGAUCUAGUCCCUGGAUGCAACAAAAUAACAGGCAGGGCCGGAAUGCUAGAUGAAAUCAUCAAUUAUGUCCAAUCUCUUCAAAGACAAGUAGAGUUCUUAUCCAUGAAACUUGCUGCUCUAUACCCAAGGCCAGAAUUCAAUAUCGACAACUUUUCUGGGAAAGAGGCAACAAGCAGCGAGCCAAAAUCUUCGACAAAUCCUCCCCAACUUGUGCCAGUAAAAACUACAAGCUCUUCAGCAUUCAUCAAUGACCUAUGUCUUGAUCCAUUAGCUCAAGUUCAACCUUUCUGGGAUGCUGACUCACAAAACCUUCAAAAUCUGGGGUUCAAUUAAAGUUAAUCACCUUCUCUUUUCGUCUUCAACAUUCACAGGCGUCUCCCGAGGACUCUAUCAGUCCCAGACCAGCGAUGUAAUUUUGGAAACUAAUCAGCAUCUCAAGAAUUCAGAUUCAAUAGUUCAGCAAUUCUGAUAAUUCCAGGCACUAUAAAUAUUUCCCUCCACACGUAUAGAUGGAUGUUGCAAAAACCAUUGUUAAUUCUUCCCAACCAAACAAUCAAAUUUCUUACAUUGCAAGACUAAAGAUAUCCAAUAUGUCUGCAUCUAUGCGCUUGGUAAUUAA